GCGGGCGGACGGCGUGAAGCGGGCGGGGGGCACCGCGUCCUGCCCUCCCUCCCUUUUUCUCUCUUUCUCUCCAUCCCUCCAUCCCUGUCUCCUCCACCCCGGCCGGGGGAGCGAGGUGCGUCUUGGCGGGGGCUGCCAGCCGGGGAUGAUGCUGGGGGAGCUGCGCCUAGGCACCGCUUUCUCCUCGCCCUCAAUGGAGCCCGCACUUUCUCUACAAUGACUUUCCCCGAGCUGAGCAAUGGCAGCUUGAGUGAGAACCGGACGGGACAAGGCGGCCAGAGCGCUGCCAACCGGUCCUGGGGGCUGCAAGGGGAGGAGACCCCCGAGGGCAACGGCACCACGCUGACUUUCGCCUUGGACGUGCAGGCGGUGGGAGUCGGGGUGUUCCUGGCCGUCUUCAUCCUCUCGGCCAUCGUGGGGAACAUCCUGGUCAUCCUCUCGGUGGCUUGCAACCGGCACCUGCAGACUGUCACCAACUACUUCAUCGUCAACCUGGCCAUCGCCGACCUGCUGCUGAGCACCACCGUGCUGCCCUUCUCGGCCACCCUGGAGGUGUUGGGCUUCUGGGUGUUCGGGCGCAUCUUCUGCAACAUCUGGGCAGCGGUGGACGUGCUCUGCUGCUCUGCCUCCAUCAUGAGCCUGUGCAUCAUCUCCGUGGACAGGUACAUCGGCGUCAAGUACUCCCUCAAGUACCCCACCAUCAUGACGGAGAGGAAGGCGGGAGUCAUCCUCGUGGUGGUCUGGCUCUCCUCCAUGGUCAUCUCCAUCGGGCCGCUGCUGGGCUGGAAGGAGCCGCCGCCGCCGGACGAGAGCAUCUGCAGCAUCACAGAGGAGCCGGGCUAUGCCCUCUUCUCCUCCCUCUUCUCCUUCUACCUGCCCCUCAUGGUCAUCCUGGUGAUGUACUUCAGGAUUUACGUGGUGGCCAGGCGGACCACCCGGAGCCUGGAGGCAGGGGUCAAGAAGGAGAGGAACAAGUCCAUGGAGGUGGUGCUGCGCAUCCACUGCCGCAGCGUGCUGGAGGAGCCCCUCUCCAGCACCCGCAGCAAGGGACACAACUUCAGGAGCUCCCUCUCCGUGAGGCUCCUCAAGUUCUCCCGGGAGAAAAAAGCAGCCAAGACUCUUGCCAUCGUCGUGGGUGUCUUCAUCCUCUGCUGGUUCCCCUUCUUCUUCAUCCUACCUUUUGGCUCUUUCUUCCCGUCCCUGAAGCCCUCAGAAAUCGUCUUCAAGAUCAUCUUCUGGCUGGGAUACUUCAACAGCUGCGUGAACCCCAUCAUCUACCCGUGCUCCAGCAAGGAGUUCAAGCGCGCGUUCAUCCGGCUGCUCAAGUGCCAGUGCCGCCGGCGGCGCCGGCCCAUCUGGAGGGUCUACGACCACCACUGGAGAGGGGCCUCCAUCAACAGCUCAGUGCAGGACUCAGAGACUGACCUACGGCCCAGGAUUAACACCCUGAACAGCUCCUUCAUAUUUAACUCCUCCUUCCAGGAGAGGGGCAGUAAGAGGCGAACGCUCAGCUUCAAGGGCUGGAAGAUGCUGACGCCUUUCCAGAAGCCGGCGUCCACCCAGCUGAAGGAGAAGAUGAACAGCCUUUCCAACAAAAUCCGGGGGGGAUCCAGCAAAGGGGCGGCCACAGCCACCUACAAGACAGAGGUGGAGUCUGUCUCGAUUGGGAUCCCUCAUGAUUUCACAGAAACCAUCGACUACCAAACCCAUGACUUAACAGACUGCUGUGGGCUGAGAGAAACAGAUAUUUGAGGCCUCUGGGGCAGCUGUCGAUGGUUUCUUUAGAGGUAUCCAGAAGAAACAUGGAGGGAUACCACCUGUGGGUCUGUCAGGCAGGCUGGAAGCAGCGGUCAGGUAUUAAAUGCAGUUGCCCAAAGGUUGUCCAAGCAUCCCCCACGUGGAGCUCAGCCCCUUCUGUGGGGUUGUGGGUUCCUCAAAUUAGAGCCAAUGGCAUAUCCCAUUCUAACAAGCCACAGCAGGAGGAGAAGGUGUGGAUAUGACCUUAGGGCAAGAGCUGUCUCCUCUGGUGGAUGGCUGUCUUUGGCUUUGGAAGAAGCUGUGCAAUUAAAGGAAACCAGGAUGUCUCCUUUGCCUUAAAAACACCACAGUGAAACCUAAUGGAAAGGUUGAAUCCCAAAAGUUGCCAACCCUGCCUUAGUACAUGUGGUCAUGUCUCCAUCCAGAGGCAGCAGCCAGGAAGGGCCCUGCCAAGCAGGAGCUGGCAGCUGAUCCUUUAUGUGGGUGGGUUGGGAUCCUGGAGGUCCUGAAUGGGACAUCCAGACGAGGCCUUGGCUUUGGAAGGAGAGCAGACUGGGGUGUUCCCAAGCAAGGUGGAGGGAUCCCAGCUCUCAGUCAUCAUCUCUGCAGUGGCCACAGCUUUGGCCCUCCCACAUCACCUGGUUUUAGGCCAGAGGAGUAUUCCAGAUGUGUGCACUGUUGCCAGGGGGUGUGCAGGUCUCUCUCCUCUAAUUCCAUCCUGUGAAGCAUUUUGC